CCGCCUCCCCCCCUUUCAAGCCUCGAUGCGCCUUUCCUCUCCGCCCGGGGCCACCGCUGGACGCGCCCACCCCGCAGCUUCGGAGGGGGGGCAGCUGAGAAGGAGGAUCUUUCCGAAGGAGAGGAAAGAAGAAGCAGCAGCAGAAGGAGGGGGCCGGAGGGGAGGGGGAGAGAGAGAAAGAAAGGAAGAAGAAAGAAAGAGAAGGCGGCUCUCUUCCUCUGCUUCGGGGUAGAGGCUCCGGAGCGCCUUGGGAUCCCGGACAGAGCAGCGACGGCGCUGAACGCAUCAUUCUUGACCUUGAAUUGCCAGGAGGAUGAGCCAACAGGAUGAAGAGCAAUCCAAUCUGUCUCACUCCCUCUUCGAUGCCUUUCUCCAUGCCAAGCAGUGCAAAGAGGUGUUGGACAAUUUUGAAGCAUUCUGUAGACACCUGGGCCUGGAGCACACUGGCCAGCUCCAAUUCUAUCACAAACUCAAGUCUUGCCUCAACUAUUGGAGUGCCAAGGCUUUGUGGACCAAGCUAGACAAAAAGGCUGGACACAAAGAUUAUGAUCAGGGGACAGCCUGUGCCAACACCAAGUGCCUGAUCAUUGGGGCAGGUCCCUGUGGUCUGCGCUCCGCAAUUGAACUGGCCUUCCUGGGAGCCCAGGUGGUGGUACUGGAGAAGAGAGACACGUUUUCCCGGAACAAUGUGCUGCACCUUUGGCCUUUCACCAUUCAGGACCUUCGGACAUUGGGAGCCAAAAAAUUCUAUGGCCACUUCUGCACAGGUUCCUUGGAUCACAUCAGUAUCCGUCAGUUGCAGCUGAUCUUGCUGAAAGUUGCCUUACUCCUGGGGGUUCAGAUUCACACCAAUGUGCAGUUUAAGGGACUUGUUCCACCAACAGCCAGUUCCAGUGGACAGGUCAGUGGCUGGAGAGCUGUAUUGCAUCCCAGCUCCUCUCCGCUGAGUCAGUAUGAAUUUGAUGUCCUCAUCUCUGCAGGCGGCGGCAGGUUUGUGCCAGAAGGCUUCAAGAGGAAGGAAACUCGUGGGAAGUUAGCCAUCGGCAUCACCACCAACUUUAUUAACAACCACAGCCGAGCUGAGGUGGAGGUGGCUGAGAUCAGUGGAGUAGCUCGCAUCUACAAUCAGAAAUUCUUCCAAAACCUCAAUAACAAAACAGGUAUUGACUUGGAAAACAUUGUCUACUAUAAAGAUGACACCCACUACUUUGUCAUGACAGCAAAAAAGCAGAGUUUGCUGAAGAAGGGAGUCAUCUUAAAGGAUAAGCUAGACAUAGAAAGUUUGCUGUCUCCAAAGAAUGUGAAUCAGGAAGCUCUUCUGGCUUAUGCGAAGGAAGCUGCCAACUUCUCCACCAACUACAAGCUCCCCAAUUUGAAGUUUGCACUGAAUCACCGCAAUCAACCUGAUGUUGACAUGUUUGAUUUCACCUGCAUGAGCCGUUCAGACAAUGCAGCUCUGGUGCGUGACUGUAAAGGCAAAAAACUGCUCAUUGGAUUGGUAGGAGACUGCCUAGUGGAGCCAUUCUGGCCCUUGGGCACUGGUGUAGGCAGAGGAUUUCUGGCUGCUUUUGAUGCUGCCUGGAUGGUAAAAAGGUGGGCUUCAGGGACACCUCCUCUGGAUGUGUUGGCUGAGAGAGAGAGUUUAUAUCAGCGGCUGUCGCAGACUUCACCAGACAACACCAAUAAGAACAUCAAUCAAUAUAGCAUUGACCCUAUCACUCGGUACCCAAAUAUCAAUCUUCAAGCUAUCAAGGCCUCUCAGGUGCGAAACCUAUAUGUGACAGGAGAAAUUGAAACUGAUCAGAAGAAGAGAAGAAGUCGUGCCAGUCUGGAGAUAGUUUAUAAAGAUGCCAACAGAGCCUAUGAAGAGCUCCUUAGCUGGUGUCAAGUGAGCACUGCAAGGUACUCCAGAGUCAAGGUAGAGGACUUCACACACUCCUGGAAAAAUGGACUGGCCCUGUGUGCCCUCAUACACCACUUCCGACCAGACCUUCUAGACUUCACCUUGCUGGACCAAAAUGACUCCAUUGGGAACAACCAGCUGGCAUUAGAUGUGGCUGAGCAGGAGCUAGGGAUCCCUCCAGUCCUCUCCAGUGCUGAAAUGGCUUCAAUGUCGGAGCCUGAGCAGCUUGGCUUGAUCACCUACCUGAGCCAGUUUUAUGAUGCCUUCAAGAACUCUCCAGAACCUGAGGAGAAGACAGCUAGGUUCCUAACACCCCGAGGUACAAAGGGAGCUAUCCUGUUUCUUAGCAAGCUUCAGAAGAGUCUGUCACUCUCACGUAAAAGGAAUCUGGAGGAGAAUUCCACAUGGGAUGAACAAACUAAGAAGAAAAAACAAGAGCCUGGGAGCCCCCCCAUCUCUCCUGUGAGGAGCAGCGAUGCCUGCUAUAUCUGUGGCGAACACGUCUACAUCGUAGAGCGGGUCAGUGCUGAGGGGCGCUUCUUCCACCGAAGCUGUUUCAAAUGUCACCACUGUAAGACAACUCUGCGGCUGGGAGACUUUGCCUUGAAUGAAGAUGAUGGUAAUUUCUACUGCAGCCUCCACAUUGCAAACUCCACAGAUGCGGCUGCAACCAGUAGCAGAAUUCCUUCUGAAGCAGAAUAUAAAGAAUCCUCCCAGAUCUGCAGUCCUUCAGGCAAAGGCAUUCUGGACUUGGCUGCUAAGGAAGAUAAAAUGGAAAUAGAUUCAAGACAGCAAAGCCCAUCAUCCUGUACAGAUCAACUGCUAGCAGGUCAACUUGAAGAAUCUCAUAAAUUAGCAGGUGAAGAAUCAGACCUGUCUUCAUCCAGAAAAAAUGGAAGUGUUGCCACAAUAAAACCAUACCAGCACCUGCACCAGCAGCCCUCCCUUGCAAAGAAGUUGCAGGACUCUGAGGCCAAUUUAGUUUCACAGGUUGGGCACCACAAUACAGAUGUGGACAGGGCCUAUGUUGAAGAACUUGACUUAAGAAGUUGGAUUGACUACCAGUUGCAGGAAGAAGCACAAAGGGACUUGGUUACAGGCAUGCAAGGAGCCAGUAUACACCCUGCUGUUUCUCCAAAGAUGCUGAUUGCGCCAAGUUUAGUACUAGAACAAGGGGAGUGUGGGAAUGCCCAAAGGAGAAAAAUCUGCCUGUCAACCCUGGAAAAGCAUAAACUAUCCAGAUUGAGUCCAAUUUCAGCCUCGUUUAAUUUUCCAGAUUUGAGUCUGGAAGAAUCCAGCAUCAGCAAAGACUCAGAAGAUUCGCUGGAGAUUGGCAGUGAAAGUGAAGAAGAGGAGGAAGAGGAGGAGGAACAAUAUGAAUCAGGGAGCCAUGACCUAGGAACAGAGAUUUUCUUUAACUUGACUGAAGAGGGCCAAUAUCCAACAUGGAAAAAGACUUUGAUAAGACGAGCCCGAGAUGCACAAAUGAAGAGGUUUUGCAAAGCUCAGUCAAUCCAGAGGCGGCUAGAAGAAAUUGAAGUGACUUUCCGCGAGCUUGAGAAACAGGGGGUCAAACUGGAACGUUAUCUACGGGAAGCAGCAGGAACAGAGUCUGAACUAAAGAGGGCAUGGAUGAGCCAGUUGCUCUCACUGGUCCAAAAGAAGAACAGCCUGAUGUGUGAAGAGUCUGACCUCAUGAUUGCGGUGCAAGAGCUGAAGCUAGAGGAGCAGCAAUGCCAGUUGGACCAAGAACUACGCCGAUACUAUAAUAUGGAUGAGUCUUCCAAAACCCGUGAGGACCAGCAGGCAGAAAAGAAGAUCCUGUCUCAACUGUUGGAGGUUGUGAAUCAGCGCAGUGCCCUAAUCGAGAUGCAGGAGAACAAGCGUCUCAGCGAACUUUCUGAGCAUGGUCCACUGUUGGGAAGUAUCUGAAAAAUGUCUGUUGGAUUAAAGCCUUCUGAGACACUGGGACCUUCUCUUUAUGCUGAAGUUCGUUUGGCACAGACAAAAACAGGAAAACAAGCUCCUCUUUAGCAAAAAGCAGUCUUAAGAAGCAACUUUGCUGCCACAGGAACAGAAGAACUGUACAGAUACUGUUCAAACUGUUACUGAAAGCAGGCCCAAAAUGCAACGGUGCUGCAGUAUACUUAAGCAGCACUCCUGCCAAUAUAUCUAUUGCAUCCAAUUAUUAUCCCAGAUCACAUGGGAAGGCCCUGCCAGAGGUAUGGCCCGUACCUCAAAACUGGCGCUCAUGUGGAGUUUAUUUAUUGCAUACUACUUGCUGCUUGAACUUUACCUGGCUGAUAAAAAAUACAACAGAAUCAAAAACCAUGAAAUAAGACAUAUUUUCUAUCCUCAGAUCAUUACUUGAUAGUCAUUCUUUGGCAUCAGAAGAGCAAUCCGGACUCUAACAUUGCUCCAGAUACCAAGUUGUGUAUGUUUUUAUGGUGUACUAAGACAAGAAAUAUGAUUUAUUCUGCCAAUAAAAACAUUUUAUUACAUUGGGUCUUAUGACCACAAUCAGUGUAAUGAGACAUUUGAAAGACAAAUGCCAGUGGAGAAGUGAUGGGGAUGUUUUAUGUAUUUUAGUUGUAGUCUCCAUGCCCUUCUUAGCCACCCAUUUUUUCUCAUAUCACAUCAUGAAGCUAUAAUGUUUGUGUGCGAAACUGUGGUGUUGUCCUGUACCUUUAAAGACGGCAGAAGGGGCUGCAGUGCAUGGGUUGGCAAUAUACAAUAGCUCUCAGCUCAAUUUCCUUUUGUCAAAGCUCUCCCCAGUGAUGACAAUGCAAUGCUGCCCCCCUCCACAGCAGGUUUGUAGGAUUCUUGUGAGUACAAUAGGCCAUUCACUGGGGUUGGUGGUGCAGGGCCCUCAUACUAUUUUUUAAACCUGAGAGAACACACUCAAAAAAUUUCUAGAUCUUUCAGUGUGACAAGUUGUGCUGGAGGACCUAUGGAUUCCUAUACAUGUGUUUCUCUAGGAGCAUUUAAGCCUCCCAGCAUAACUCUAUGGCCUACUUCAGGUAGGAGCUGCUCAUAGUAAUACUGGAGGACCUAAAGAUUCCUAGAAACCAUAUUAAUCAAAUCGACAAAAGUUAAAUCUGCAAAUGUGAACAACUGACAUACUGCUGUCUGUUCUUUCUUUGCCAAGCUACUCAGAUACAUCCCAAUAGAAGACUGGAGAGGGGAGUCGCACCAAAAAAGCAUAUUAAGUUUUUGAAAUAACGUUACAGCUCCAAGAAUCCCCAGGCUGGCAUGCCCAAAAUUUAACUUUUAAGUCAGCUGUACAGUCUUCCCAAAAAAUUAUAUAUAGAAUGGCCUAAGCCUGGGAAUUCCGCUUAUUACCCAACUCCUAAACAUUUUGCAUUGUAUAUGUUUUUAAUAGAAGCUAUAAAGCCAUACAAGUGUGGCUUAAAGGUGAUAUCCCUGUAUUGGUAGCACAGCCAUAAGAGAAGCCGUAUUAACUAUGCAGAAGUGUGCAUUUACCUCACAAACUGCUCCAGCAGAGAAGCUGCUGUAUAAUUUGUUACACAACCACACACAAGCUUCCUUCCUAAUUAAAAAGAAAUUGCUUUAUGUUAUAAUCAGAAGGUGCCUGAAUUAGUACAAACAGCUGUCCUUUUUACACACCGUUCCUGUAUCAAUAAAGGCGCAUGGAGUAAGGA